GUUAAAUAUCCAUUAUGCUUCUCAUCCACUGAGUAACAUCAAAAUGUAUUAAGCCUCGAGUUAGUCCUUUUAAUUUGAGGUUGCACUUUGUCGCGUGCAAACACAAUAAGAAAAUCAUUUAUUGACUAAUUUAUAUUAAACACCAGAGCAGGUUGCUCACUGCAGUGGCAUAACUUCUAAAAUCAUCUAGCAGUUUUAAUGUCAUUAAAUAAUUCAACGUGUGGACUUAGUUGAUGUUAAUGUUGAAAAACAAUGUGACAUAGCUGUUGUUAUUAUUAUACAAACGUUUUUUUGUUGUUGUUUUCAUUUUUCCAACAGUAUUUCUGAAUGUUUUGUCGGCUAAUGUCUGUUCUCAGACCGCUCAUCUGGAUGGACAUGGCCACAAAACGUUUGUUUUUCCUCCUCUGUGGACUACAGACUGGGAGUGGCUUGAAAUUGUAGCUGGUCUUGUUGAGAUCAAGUUUGCUGGAGGAAAUCCGUCCCAUUUGGCAAGAGUCUCCAACCGCUGGCAGCAGAGUUUUGUUGUAAACGCCCACUCUGAGUCGCAUCAUGGCCGACGUCGAAGAUUCUGGCUUUUCUCUCAUGAGCCUGGAGGACGAGCUGACCUGCAGCAUCUGCCUGAGCACCUUUGACUGCCCGGUCACCAUCCCCUGCGGACACAACUUCUGCCAGGACUGCCUGCUCUCCACCUGGACCGAGUCCUACAGCUGCCCCCAGUGUCGGACCCUGUUCGAGACCAGGCCGGAGCUGAAGAAGAACACGGUCCUCAGCACCGUGGUGGAGACCUUCAGGGCGAGGUCCAGCAAGUCCGAAGGAGGACAGUUCGUAGAGGAGGAAGAGGGAGAAGAAGACGACAACGAAGAAGAGGAGGAUGAAGACGAAGAAGGAUAUGAGGAUGAGAGGGAUGAUGUGGUCCGCUGUGACACCUGUAUGGAGGCCGAGGCAGCCCAGACCUGUCUCACCUGCAUGGCCUCCUUUUGCGAGGAGCACCUGCGGCCCCAUCGGGAGAACCCCACCUUUCGCCUCCACCAGCUGACCGAGCCCGUCGGGGACCUAUCCGAGCACAUCUGCACCGACCACCACAAGCUGAUGGAGCACUUCUGCACCGACCAUGGCCGCCUGAUCUGCAGCCUCUGCCUGCAGCAGGUCCACAAGGGCUGCAGCUUUUCCUCUCCGGAGGAGCAAAGGAACCUGAAAGCGUCUGAAUUCAGGGAGAAGCUGGACAUUCUGAACUUGAAGAUUGACAGGACUGACACCAUCGUGCUUCAGAUGAACGAGCUGCAGGGCAAGCUCAAGGACGCAGCGAGCAAGAGGAAGAUGGCGCUGGCUGCUGCGUACCAGCAGAUAGGGGAGAUGUUGGCUCAGGACGAGCGCGUGGCCCAGCAUGAGGUGGACUGUGAGCUGGAGGCUGGUCAGGCCAAACUCCGCGACCUCACAACAAAGUUCAACGACAACAGUGAGAGGAUGAAGAAAGCCAGAGAGAAGAUCGACAGUCUGCUGAGUCAGGCGGGAACGCCAGCCUUUCUGCAGGCUUCAUUUGAGUUGCCCCGGGUGGUUAAGUUUGACCCCCACCCUCCUCGAGUUAACAUGGACUCCAAAAGGGUGAUGGCAACGCAGACCUUUGCUGCCGCCCUGCAGGAGAGCCUGAUGACCCUCUUCACUCAACCUUUUGAGGCCAGAGUACCACUGCUAAAACCAGGACAAGCAGAAGCUUCUGUCUCAGGAGCUGCUGGUGGAGAAAACAGUGCAGCCUGGGCCUCCGAGUUUCAAUCCUCGAGGCCCCCUGAGCAAAGACCUCCACCCAGGGCCCAUAGUCCAGGUCGCCCACCUGUCCAGACCAUCUACCAACCCGUCCAUAUUCCUGUUUACAUACAGGCAAAGCCAACAUGGAAUCCGCAGCAGAGUCAGCCAACUGGCUUUUCCAGGCCUCCGCCUCCGUUCUUUCACGGCCAGAAGCCACACAAGAAGGCUGACGGUGGCCACCAACCCUCUCACAAGCAAGGCAAAAAGCCACCAAGCGCACAAGGAGGACAGAAGCCUGGGUGGAAAGGACCCGAUUCUGCCAAGAAAGACAAGCCGAAAGGACAGCCGCCAUCAGGGAAACCGGCCGGGCCAAACCCACAUCCUAGAAAAAAUAAGUAGCUGUGAGGGUCGGAGUUCGUCAGCAGACCCUGAAAGGGACUGCUGGACAAAGGAUCUACUGGCACAGUAACACUGGUGUGAUCGUUACUGUUUGCUUCAUGUUUUGUUUGGGGUAUUAAACUUAACCAGACUUUACUCUUUAUUCAAAUAUAACUAUAGUUUUGUGACAUUUUGGGAUGACUUAAAUAUCAAUGAAAAAGUUUAGGAUUGUGAAACCUUCUAAUGGGAAUGGCUAGAUUUUUAGAAAAAUAUUCUUCCACCUCAUCUCCUCCCCACAUUGGUCUUUAUAAAGUUUACACACACAAAUAUAGUUUUUUUUUCUGCAAGUCUAGUUAAUUAUGCACAAAACAGGUUGAAGAAAAAUGUGUAGAAGUCAAAAACCUUUAUAUGGAGCAGAAGGGAAAUGGAUCCAUGGGUUAUAAUUUUAGUUAGUCAGAUAUGACUUGCUAAGUGAUCCUUGCUGGCAGCAUUUCUGAUCUCAAUCAUCCUGAGUGAGGCUGUAAACUAUGCAUGCACCUUAACUCUGCUGUUGUAUGGCGUCUUUGCGUAGAUCCUGCUACCUGCUUUAUAAUGCGAAGCACCGAUAUUUAAAAGUUAGAUAUCACAGAAAACAUAGGACACAUUUUUAACUGUAUAUUGAAGCAUCAUGUUCAUUCAUCUGUUUAGAAAGAACGCAAAUGGAGAAAAAAGGCUGAUCACUGCAUUAGUCACUAUUUUGUAUGUGAAAACACAGAAUAUCUAACUUCAAAGAAAAACAAAAAAAUUAAAAAUCAAACCUCUUCAGGUACUUAAGCUCUUUUAAAGACACAGUGUCAUCUGAAAUGUAAAUAUUAAUUUAUUCUUAUCGAUUUGAAUUGAAUGAAAACACAGAAACACCUUGGGUAUGUAUGAAAAUAUUUAUGGGAAUGUCUUCAAAUUCAAAACAUCACCUCUUUACAUUCAUCUCAAUCAAAGUUGGUUCUUGUCACAUUUUGUAAACAGACAUUUUUUUUAUGAUUGUUGGCAAUAAACGCUUGUUUUCCUCUGA